UGCGCACCCGUCCGAUAGGCUUGCAGAUUCUGUAACCCCGAAUAUGGUCUGAUCUGACUUCUUCCCUUCGACCCCCUAACCCUUUUCCAAUCUUGCAAUGACCCGUCCAGAAACAGGAUAUAGACAUGUGUGAACAAUUCCCCGUCACACUGCGGCGUCGAUGACGAUAGGUCGAUCCGGGGUCCUCAUGCUCAUGCUCAUGCCUGUGAUGUGUUUCCAUCUAGCCUCACCUCUCUGCUUCACCCCGCCCGGAGUCCCUGCCCUACUCUUUCACGAGAAAAAAAAUGAUACCCUCCUCAUCUCCCACGCUUCACAUCAAAAGUGGGCGCGUUCUAGAUGCCCCCUUCGACAUCUGCAUCCACUUUUUUGGCGCGCGCGCCCCCAGCGUGCGCCCGCAAACGCACCGCCUGCGCCCGCCCCAAGCCCCCGAGAGAUUCGACCUGGGUUGUUCACCGACGUCGACGGGUCUUCCCAGCGCAUUGACGACAAUACAAUCAUGUCAUGUUGUGUGUCGUCGUGUGCUAUGUACGUUGUAAUUGCACACACGAGAAGGAGCCCACAUGUGAAAUGUUUAGGCUAGCGUUUUUGCUUCUUUUUUCUCCUCCUCCUGCUUGCCCAUUUCCACAUGGCCGCCAGGCUGCAGGUAGGAAGGGAAAGUCUCCGGCUGGAUUUGGAUAUUGCUCAGGGGGCUGGCUUGUCGAGGAGAAUUUUUUUUCUUCGUCUUUUCUCUUUGCGGUGGACGUCAGGGGAGGAUGGGGGGGAAAGCGUGUUCGAGGCGAUGCCCCUCCGCCUCUC